AUGAAUAAAAUAAUUCUAAUUGUACUUUUAUUAUCUAUUGCCACCUCUGGAGCUUUUUGUUCAAUUUUCAAUACCAAAUGUAAAAAAGAUUGCAAAAAUACUUUCCUAUUUUGUGUUACCGGUUUUGACUCAGCACCGCUCGAAGUUUGUUCAGAAGCAUUAGGUACAUGCUUAUAUAACUGUAUCUUGCAUAUGGUUGAUCUCCCAUCUCGAUCACCUGCAGUCCAUUAA